AUGUACCGUAGACUUUCCAUUGGUGCACCAUUGAAGAGGAUAGGUCGGGGCCUUGCUGGGUGUGAUAGUGUACUGGGGACGGCGAUACUGCCCCAGGGGCUCGUGAGCACUCUCCAGGAGGAGCUGAGAGAAGAGGAGCAUCGGAGGCAAUGUGGCAUUGGUGAAAUGCUGCGAAACUGCAUUGGGCAAGGUGAAUUAGACCAUGUGGAGAGCCCGGAGGCUGACGCCGCACACCUUCAGAAAGUGGAUUUCAUGAUAGAGAACCUCUUCAGCAAGAUUCCAUUGCCCAAUGAUCCAAUGAAGGCGGCGUUGGCUCCCACAGAAGAAGAAUUGAAGGCAAAGGAGGUGAACGAGGUUCUGAAGGAGGCUGUGCGUGAGCAUUAUCUUCGUCAGAAGGCGUUAAAGGCAGAAGAAGAAGCUAGAAUAGCGGUGGCAAUGAGACACUACGAAAAAGAUGGGGGAAAAGAGAGCACUGGCAUUCUGGAGGAAGUGGAUGCUGCUGGUGACUCGGCGGAGAUACGCCGACAGAUUGAAGGUAUGAAACGCCAAGUGGAGAGACUUGAAAAACUCUUGGAGUCCAAGUCUCAGAGUCGAUGUCCGUAG